CAGCCAUCAGCUGCCAUGGUGGGAAUAGCAGUAAUGAGGACAUGGAUUGAGCCAGUGGUUGCUGGUUCCCAGGUGGCCAGUGCCUUCUACGACACAGGGCUGCUACUGGUGGUGAAGAACUACUACAACCAGACCAACUCAACCUCUCCUGCUUACUCAAUGCAAGAUGCUCAGCAGAAGGCUGUUUCUAAUUUCUAUAUCAUCUACAACCUAGUCCUGGGCCUGAGCCCACUGGUGUCAGCCUAUAGCUUGUCUAAGUUGGGGGACAAGGUGCAUCGGAAGGUCCCCAUCUGCUUCCCUCUUUUUGGCUAUUUGGGCUCCAAAUCUCUCCUGCUCCUCCUGAUCCUGCUGGACUGGCCAAUUGAGGUGAUGUACGGGGCUGCUGCUUUCAAUGGGCUGACAGGUGGUUUCACCACUUUUUGGGCAGGCGUCAUGGCUCUGGGAUCCUUGGGCUCCUCUGAGAGCAAGAGGUCUCUGCGGCUUAUCAUUAUUGAGCUGGUGUACGGCCUAGCUGGCUUUCUGGGAAGCAUGGCAUCUGGGUACCUCUUUGUUGGCUUCAGUGAUCACUAUCGAGAGGGCACUGUGCUGGUAGGCUGCAGCAUUGCUUGUUACGUUUUCUGUCUCUUCUACAGUAUUUUUGUUCUGAAAGUCCCCAAGCCAGUAGCCAAGAGCACAGGAGAUGGUGGCAGCGAGCUAUCAGCUAGCACAGAAGCCUCAGGGAAAUCCCACUCAUCUGAGAGUAACAACCUUGCACCAGUAGUACCUUCAAAACUUGUGAUUGUCAUGCUCUUUGUUGGGGCGAUCCUGUAUGACCUCGCAGUGGUUGGUGCAAUGAAUGUGCUCCCACUUUUCUUGCUCAGGGAGCCUUUAAGCUGGAAUCCUGUAGAGAUCGGUCACGGCAAUGCUGCUGGGUAUGUGAUCUUCAUCACCAGCUUCCUAGGGGUACUUGUGUUCUCCAAGUAUUUAAAGGAUACUACAAUGAUCAUGAUUGGAAUGGUAUCCUUCAGCGCUGGCAUCCUCAUCAUGGCCUUUGUGCGGUGGACCUUCUUGUUCUACAUCGCACGGGCAACGAUGCUCUUUGCCCUCAUCCCCUUACCAACUAUCAGGUCCAUGUUAUCCAAGCAUGUUGAAGGAUCAUCUUUUGGUAAGGUGUUUGUCCUGCUGCAGUUGUCCUUAGUCAUCACAGGAGUAGUGACAUCUACUGUCUACAACAAGAUCUAUCAAAGCACAUUGGACUGGUACAGCGGGUUCUGUUUCAUUCUGUCUUUCUUUUUUGGCUGCCUAAGUCUCCUCCCUAUAAGCAUUGUGGCCUUCAAACAACGUUCAAACACCGGUUCCCUUCAAAUUCUGACAGAGUGACAUACUGCAGCAGCUGAAACGUCUUAUAAAUUCUCUGGGCUGCCCAAGGGGAAAGUUUGCUAACCAUUUGUC